AGGAAAAUGGACAAAAUACAAAGUACUCUAAAUUACAUAAAAGAAAUAAAUGUUUGUGAACUGAAAUCCUACGAUAAGCUGUACCAAAAGUUAUCCCAGCUGGAAAUCGAUUUAAAAGAGUUUCAAUACGAAAAACAAGGCUACCAAAAUAUUCAAAAUGACCUGGUGCUAUUCCAACUACAAUUAAUUUCUUGUACCUCCAAUAACACUGCCGAUUCUAUAUUACAAAAGAUUGAAAGUAUUAAUAGGAUUCUUAAUGAGAAACUACCAUCCACUAAUAACGUACAAAAGAAAAAAAUAUUAUUUAAAAGCAAUUUAAAAAAUUACUCAAAACAUACAGCAAAAGAAGUGACAAAACCAAGCAAAACAAACGAUCAACUGGAUAAGACCAUUCCUUCCAAAAUUGAUGAAAAAAUUAAAAAAUAUAGAAUAAAAACUCAAGAAUUUACAGGCGAUGAAAUCAAUCCAGAUUUCUCUGAGUUAAGAAAGGAAUUGGAAGGGCUUGAUGAUGAACUUUUGAGACAAAUCAAUCAAAAAAUUAAAGGAAAAAAGCCCGAUGAUUUCAAAAAAUACUACUUUGAAUGUAUUUUUCAAAAUCAUCAAAAAUUAGAACCCAAGAUAGCUACAGAUAAAGAUGAAGAAACUAAUUACCCCUCAGUUCACAAGUUAAAACAAAAGUUUGAUAUAGCGGGUGAAGAACCCAAGCGAAAUUUUAAUGUGGUAAAAAAUAUAAGCAAAGAAGGGAGUCCAUUUAAAAAUAUAAAUGAUCAUGCAAAUACUACGCUAGCAGUUAAAGAAAUUAAACAAGGAAACAUCCCAUCUGUUUAUAAGCUAGCUCAAAAAUUUGAAGGUUCAGAAGUUACUGAAUACAAUUCCAUUCGGGCUACUAUAAGUGAAAUUAAAAGAUUAACGCCUUUUCUAGGAGAAGAUAUAGAAGAUGACUAUAAAAAUAAGGCAGUACGCGAAAAAAAUACUUCCAAAGAAGAACAUUUGCAUACCAAUAAAUCUAAUAAAGAUGAUGAGGACAACCAUACUAAAACUGAAACCAAUAAUUAUCCAAUGGAAUCUGAAGAAAUCCCUUCAAAACUAGAUGAAAAUAUGGACGUCAAUCUUAAAAUGUGUGAUAAAGAAGAAAAAGUUGACAAGAAGGAGAAGUCUAAAAUAAAAAAAGUGCUGCAUGAAAUCAAAAAAGAGUUGUACAAAAUAACUGCAAAUUUGGAUAUAAUGGGGUGUGAAGAGUCAUCAGAGAAACUAGAUGCUAUACAACAUAUACUUGAAGCUACCGUAGUUAAAUUAAAAUUUAAAAACCAAAUAAGAGAAAAAAAUGGGUUAAUAAAACAAGUGAAAGAAAUCAAAGAUAAACUGGCAAAAAAUAACAAUGUUACACAAGAAAAUUCAGAAGAAGAGAAUAAAAUUCAGAACGAAAAAUCCAACAUUAAAAAAUACCUUUCGGAAAUUCAACUCGAGAUGAAUGAAGUUAUUGCAAAUAAUCAUGAAAACCCAAAACUACUUCUGGAAGGUUUGGAAAAAAAAUUAAUCUCUGUAUACGUCAACCCAGAAUAUGACAGAUUAUUAAAGGAGAAGCACCGACUGGCAAUUAUUUUAAACGAGCACAAAAAUAAAAGUUUCAAUUAUAUAAAACCAUCGAGUCAUUUAAUAAAUCAGCUAUUGGAAUUUAAACAAGAGUUUAAUAAAAUAUGCAUUAAGUUGGAUAGCAAAGAAAAUGAUGAAUAUGAAAAAUUUAUGAUGGUCACUUUCCUAAAGAAACUGGCAGAUAAUUUAGGCAAAUUUGAUAUAGAUCCUGGUUUUGAAAAAGAAAUUAAUGAAGCUAAAACUCUGAUGGAACAAAUUAAGAAAGCUAUUUCAUUUUAUCAAAAAAAUACAAAAUCCAAAGAAGAUAAUGCAGAACAUAUAGAUAAUCCAGAAGAAAUAUAUGAAGACGUAUUGCCAUCAACCUAUGCCACAUUAACAGAAGAAAACAGUGAUCUUAGUAUUAUAAUGGAAGAAGAAAUGGAUAAUGAAGAAUGUGAUGUAAAGGAAAACGCAAAGGACCAUCUCAGAAAAGUCAACAUUUUACUGGGGAUUGACGAUGAAUAUGAAGAGGACGAGAAAAAUUUGGAUUGGAUAGAAAAUGAUUCACUUAAUGGGGAUACGGAUAGAAUGAUUUUAAAUAAAAGUGAAGAAACAGACGUUUAAGUUGUUUAUUGUGAAAUUAUAUAUUUACUUCUUAAUACGAUGUUUUUUUAUUGUACGAUCUGGGAUAUGUAAAUAUAUAAACCACCAGAAAUUUGCCCAUUAAUGUAUUUUCUAUUUAAAUUAAAACAUUUAUAUUUCAUUAUUUAUUAUAAACAUAAA